GGAAGACAGCGAUGAAUGACUUUUCUGUGUCCAAAACGAAAACGCAGCGCUCCGCCUUCACCCGGCUUCAUUCCAGCAGAGGAAGGGGCACGAGGAUACGUGGAGGCUCCUCCUCGUCACCCACUUCAAAAAGACACUUCACUCCCCCCAAAAUUGCCACCAUCCUCGCAUACUCCCGUGAAAAGAGCCUCGGCGGAGGAGAAGUUGAGAUCCACAAUCACCCCUGUUCUUUCUUCGUCUGCGGUGUUUCAGGGACGCCCUUCCACGGCUGAAAGCAACCUCUUUCUUCGUUUUUUCUUGUUGUCCUGGGGAAAGCACCGUCAUCCACGCCGCAUCAUGACCCGGAGAUCGUGUGCCAUUUACGCCACCGGCAUCGUGUGCGCCCACCUCCUCAUCGUGGGGAUCGCCCUGGUGGUGGCUCAAGUAUUCCAAACCACCAUACACAACCGCUUGAAAAAGGAAAUCACUCUGACCGAGAAGAGCCAGAUGUUUGAGUCGUGGAAGAAUCCUCCUCCGCCUGUUUACAUGGAGUACUACUUCUUCAAUGUGACCAACCCUGAAGUGUUCUUAGCGGGCGGCAAGGCAGCCGUCCAGCAGAUCGGACCCUACACCUACAGAGAGUACCGGCCGAGGGAAAACGUCACUUUCCUGGAGAACGGCACCAAGGUCUACGCCCUGAACCCCAAAACAUUUGUCUUCGUGCCAGAGAAGUCAGUCGGCGACCCUGAGGUGGACGUCCUCAGGACCAUCAACAUCCCGUUAGUGGUGGUGAUGAACGAGCUGAACUCCUACUCCUUCUUCCUGCGCACCAUCAUCUCCAUGUACAUCAAAAGUCUGGGCGUCGAGCUUUUUACCACGCGCACCGUGCACGAGUACCUGUGGGGCUUCAAGGACCCCAUCCUCACCAAGAUCCACUCCCUUCGGCCGGAGGUGGAUGAGUACUUCGGGCUCAUGUGGAAGAAAAACGGAACCCACGAAGGGGAGUUUGUGUUCCACACCGGUGAGCAAGACUACUUGGAAUACGGCAAGAUCGACACAUGGAACGGCCUCCGGGAGAUGACGUUUUGGUCCUCCAACCAGAGCAACAUGAUCAACGGCACUGAUGGUGCCGUCUUUCACCCCCUCAUAAACAGGAACGAGUUGCUGUACAUCUUCGCCGCCGAUCUCUGCAGGUCCAUCCAUUUGGCCUACGUGAAGGACGUGGAGGUGAAGGGCAUCCAGGCGUACCGCUUCGCGCCCCCCGAGGACGUGCUCAUGAGCCCCGUGGACAACCCGGCUAACGAGGGCUUCUGCGUGCCAGCCGGAGACUGUCUUGGCACCGGCGUGCUGAAAGUCAGCGUUUGUCGGCAAGGUGCUCCCAUCGUGGUGUCUUUCCCGCACUUCUACCAGGCCGAUCCCAAGUACAUCAACGCCAUCGAAGGCCUCAAUCCCAACAAGGAAGAACACGAGACCUACCUGGACCUGCAGCCGACCACCGGCGUUCCCAUUCGUGCCUGCAAGCGGGCUCAGCUCAAUGUCAUCGUGAAGCGAGUGGUGGGCUUCCCAGAAACCAAGAUGAUCAACGAGACCAUUUUCCCCAUCAUGUACGUGAACGAGACGGCCACGGUGGACGACGACUCGGCGGCUCAGAUGAGAACGCUGCUCUUAAUCGUCACACUGGUGUCCAACUUCCCCUUGCUCAUCGUGGGCUUGGGCAUCAUCCUGCUGCUCGUGCUGGUCGUCCUGUUCUGCCGAAACCGCCAGAAGAAGAAUGAAGUAAAACGUAUUGAUUUUCAUGAGGCUUUUCAUUCUUUUGCUACGGCCAAAGACGAGACGGCCUACACGCAGGUCAGCGACAAGACCGACGAGUCGCCGGACGCGCCGGCCAGCCAGCCCAUGAGGAACGGCUCGUACAUCGCCAUGUCUCCAGUGGAGGCCCAGAAGUGUUGAUACAGGAUGCUCGCCAGCAAGCCUGGAGCUCAGGAAGGGGGCUUGAGGGGGCAGUGCACAGCAGGGGGUGGAGGGUGUCCACAGUGGGCUUCUUUUUCCACUAUUUCAAGGGGAUGGGGAUGUAAAUUGGUCAACAAAAGACAGUGCUCUUCUCCCGGAGCCCUCCUAGGAUUGUCUAUUUCACCACCACCACCCCCCCUUCCCACAUGCCAAACCCACCACCUCCCACCUGCUGACUUGACUCGCCUUCCUCGGACUCUUCCUCUACUGGUUGACUCCAAAGAUAAGGUCUCGACCAGGGCAAGCCUUUUUUCCCCCCCAGCCCCUCCUGUAAAUGGUAGCAUAGGUGCCCCCAUUCCACACGGAUGCAUUAUUUUGUCGGGAAAAGAUUGGAAAAGAAACAACUUGGCAUAUCUUUUUUUAAUGUUGACUGAGCCAAACUUAUUUAAGUUUGCCCCCACCCCACCCCACCUAACACACACACACACACACACACAAGCUGGUUGUGAAGGUGUGUGUGUGUUCAUUCAGAUCUUUUCCCCACCAACACUGGACAUGUUUCAGAGUCUUGGGCUUAGCUAGCUGUGAAACCCGUUUUUUUUUGUUGAUGUUUUGUUUCCACCUGUAGCUCGAUGCACCUUUUCCCACAAGACAAAAAAAAAACACCCAAGAGAACUUAGAAGGGGAGACCUGCUUCCUGCCUUACCGUGAUGAUGUCGGUGAAACCUCUCUUGACACUAACGUCGCUUGUCGCACGUCAACACUGUUACUUAAGCACAAUUUGGACGAAAAGCAGUCGUCAGUGGAAGCUACCAGGUGUUCUCCUUCUCCUUUUUAUACCUUCGAUGAGUCAAAGAUGCUGCCAAGUGCCGUGAGCAUCCGAAAAACAAGACAACCCGGUGUUACUGUGCACGCGUUGGGGUUUUUUUUUGUGCAAACGCAGCACUUGAAUCACUCUUUGUGUCUUACGUCAUCACAUGCGUAAUCAGCAAAAAAAAAAAAGACAAAAAAAAAAUCCCCGCACUUUUUGCCUGGAAAAUGUGUCGUGAAUUUUUUGUCAUCAUUUCAACUUGUGGUCCACACGUUCAAAAACAUUUCACCCUCUCAGUGUCUUCUUUUUGAUAUUUGUUUGUGUUUGUUAUUGCUGCUAUUGUGGCCGUAGCCUGUGGAUGGCUUGUCUGUUGGCAUGAGAGUUCACACCAGUCUUAACGUUGCCAUUUGAUCCAAACUGCAACACCUUCUUUCUUUUGGUGUCUGUGGGAUUUUCCUCAAUGGGCUGGAUGAGCUGGGAAAAAAAGGAAAAAUUGUGCCACAAGUCAGUUUUGGGUAAACAACAGACACUGUGGUGAUCACAUGAGUUCACUAAGAGCCUUUCUGCGCACACUCGCUGAUCAAAGUCUUGAACCUGAAGCCACGUUUCCACCAGUAGCGGUUCCCUUCUGGUCCAUUCAUACUAUUCGCUUCGUGUCAUAGAAAUUGCGUUUUGUUUCCUUUCCGGUCAUAAAUUUCCAUCACUUCCACAGGAGUGACAUUUCGGUCGGCCAGUUGAAGUGUCCACCCUCAACAAAAGGGUGCGACAGUCUGGUUCAGUUUGCCACGAUACGGGUCGGAUCGGUUAAGUCAUUAUCCGUAAACAUAUAACACAUAUUCUCUCCAUGGUAAUCCACAAUCAUUUCAAAUGGCUUUUUUUUGUAGCUAUGAAAACAGUUGGAAAGAAAUUCCAAUCUUAAAACUCAGUUUUGUCGACCAAUUAAUGGACAGCAGAGUGUUUAGCUCCACCCCAACGGUGAGCGCUCUCUUUCUGACUAGCCAUCCCACUUCUGACACCAGCUGUGGUGGGAUGGCUAGUACUGCAUAAUGGGACGUUUCAGAUCAGACACAUUGCAAAAGACACAUAAAAAAAAUACGGAUGAACCGAACCGCUUGGUAAACAAGGAUUUUUCGCUGCCUUUCACCAAGCAGUUUGCAGCAAUAAGGGUCGGAUCGGUUCAUUCUGAUCAAAUGAUCUGUAAACAAGCCAUACAAGUGGUGAAAAUUUGUCUUGCCACCUCAUUUCCCGAUACUUGAGUAAAAAAUGUUUUCAUUUUCUAUAAAGAAAGGUUGGGGAAAAAGAUGACAGUGUGUCUAGCUCCACCUCAACAAAAGGGUAUGGCAAAGAGGCGCCAUUUGUUUCGGAUGGCGCCUAAAAAUGCGCACUUUACUGGACGGAACCGAACCACUUGGUGGAAACGAGACACAAAACCCUCAUUUUGCAGUCCAGUCCAGUUUGCGGUGGUUCAAGUCGGAUCUGUUGAUUCUGAUCGCAUCUGUAGGAAAAUUCAUCUCUUCGCAAACCAAGAUAUGGUUGAAUGGCCAUUACGAAUGCGUCCUAGUGUUUGGUUUCCCUGCUGAUCAGAAACGCUCCAUCGUAACACAGCAAUGACAGUUCUGUCGCCCAAUUAAAGGACAGCAGUUAGUCUUAACAGAAGCUUACUGCAAAGUGGGAGGCUUCGGAUCAGACGCUUCACAACGCAAACGGCACAAAGUACUGUUUGGAAGCUCGUGGACUUGCAUUUCCACCAAGCAAUGAGUUUGGGUUAUUUGUGGCCAGAGACAAAUGAAGCGAAUGGCACCUUUUAAUGCCAAAAACAGUUUGUUAAAAGUAUUUCUGCAAAUGGAACGACAGGAGUGACAAUGCUGUCGAGCCUACUAGACGACCGAAGCGAAUCGUACCGUUGGUUCCAGCACCCGACUGAGAACUUGUCAGCCUUUACGACCGAAACUGCAAAAAAGCGUACCAAACUGAACCCGACUUUUGUUGCUGUUGUUUUUGACGAGCGCCUGUUCACACGUGAGCCAUCGCUUCUCCUUUUGUGGAGCCCGAUCCCGCAUUUGCCCGUCGGCUCGUGACCAAAGAUGACGCUAGCUCCCUCUGCACUUCCGUGCCACAAACCGCUCCCGCCUAUCUAUUCCUUAAAGAGAGAAAACAACGUGCCACCGUUAAGUAUUUUGCUGCGUGGACGCGUGUGUGUGUGUGUGUGUGUGUGUGCGUGCGCGUGUGUGUGUGUUAUGUGCCUUCUUGAUAUCAAGGCUGAAAGAACACUGGCUAGUUUUUGCCUCUGUCGUAUUUGCAAACACAGGAGAAAUCUCAGUAUUAUGUAAAGCAAUACAGACUUGUGUAUAAAAAAAAAAAAAAGUUUUGUAAUGGGCCACACAAUAUUUAUCUUUUAUUUUUGUUCUUUCCCCUACCUGGGAUUGUGACUUUUUUGGGGGGGGGGAUGCUAUGUGUUUAGUGAUAUUCUGCUUGGGUCCAAGCUCAUUUCAGUUUUGAUUGAUUUCUUUUUGAAGAAAACACACAUAAAAAGACAGUAUCUGACGCUGCUGACAGUCGGACCUUGUUAUCGUGUUCAAGGGUUGUUGGACGUUUGUCGAGUGAGGAUGCUAACUGGUGUUUGUGGGCCACUUCUGUCCAACUGAAGGGUGUUUUGAUAGCAAGGCUGACUAUCUUGAUGUAACGCUAGCAAGAUGAAUGAAGCUCCUCCUCCUUCAGGGACCAGCAGUUGUGCCAUAACCUUCCCUCUGUUUAAAAAAAUAAGAUUUGAUUUUUUCAUUUUUUUCAGGUCCUUCAACUUUUCAGUUCUUUUCGUCUGGCCACGGUGCCCCUGCGAGGUCACUAACAGAUUUCAGACGUCGCGCUGGUUUUGUUUUGCUGCUGAGAAUGACAAUCUCCCCUUGUCAUGUUAGGUGCAAAAUGAUUUCAAAGUAAUACUCCUGUUUAGUUUUGAUAAUUUACACGGCACGUGUGUUUCUACAGUGCUUUUGUAAACAUUUCUAGUGUAUUUGCAAGAAAAUAAACAUUGCCAAGUGCAAA